UUUCGACCGUAAAACCACAUGUCUGGGAACCGAGAUUUUACUAUAUUUUUCUUUUCGGCGGUAUAAUGCGGCAAAGUGCCGCGAAAAUAUAGCAGAUUACUCGAUCGACUGCACGGCAACGACGAACAAUUGAAAAAUCAUUUCAAUCUGCGACCAAAUUGUGUGAAAAAUCGCAUUCGGGACAAUAUUCGUAACCAAAACGUUCUACCACACUAGCGCGUGAGUGAGUGUGAGCGAGAGGGCGAGAGCAAAGUGUGCGAGACGAGUGAGAGAGAAAAGAAAACCCGCAAAAGCAAAAAGCAUACGAAACAAAAGCAACAACAACAACAACAACAGCAGCAGAAGCAGCAGCAGCGUAAGAAGUGCGUAGUGAAAAGUGAACGCAAAUCAAAGCAGUGUAAAGCAGAGCGCACAAUCGUCAAUAAGGGAAGGGGAAUUUGUGUACCACAAAUUCUUCUUUUUGUGGCAGGCUCUCCGCGUGUUGUUGUUUGUUUGUCCCCGAAUAGGAUCAACUUCUGCAUAUUUUGAAUUUCCAUUCUUGUUUGAAGAAACUCCAGAACGAUUUGACACGACGACAGCAGCCAAGGAGCACCGACCAACAGGAGCCUCUGUACUGUAGCUGUAUUCGGGAUCUGAAGCAGAAGCAGGAACAAGCAGCAGCUACCAGCAUCUGAAUCUGGAGUAGCGCAUAGUGCUGCCUACUCUGGAGACGAAGGCACAGCCACAAUCAGCGAGCAUGUCCAGCAAGGAGGAGACGCCGUCCUCUGGGGCCGCUGCUGUGGGCGGUGCCACCACACCCAGUGCCGCACCUAGCAGCACCUCGUAUGCCAAUGUUGUCCAGAAUCUGGACACCAAAAAGGGAGGUGCCCCAGUCGCCGUUGCCGCUGCGGCUGCCGUCGCCUCAUCCUCAGCCGUUGACAAUAAGGAGAAUCAACCAAAUCUGAAGAGCCUCAAGUCAUGGAGUGAGGAAACCGCCGCCGCUGAAGCCGCUGGCGAGACUGUGGUCAGCAGUGUCAGCCUGGCGCUGACAGGCGAGAAGCGUGCUGCCGCCGGUGGCGACAAUACCGCCGAGAACUCAUCGGAAUUGGACGACAAUAAUGACUUUGUGCCGGUGCUAUCCCAUCAUAGGCGGGACCGCAAAAAGGCACGCAAGGACAAGCCACGUGAGCAGCGCGACAGGCCACAGCAGCAGCCAGGCAGUGGCGCUGGUCAGAAACCCCUACAGGCCGGCAGACGGCCCGCUGGAAAUGGCGGUGCUGCCUCUGAUGGAGGGGCCACCGAUCGCAAGGCAACAGUCCGUUCGCGGGCACCACGCGGCGGCAGUCCACGCAGACCGGGUGCACCCGGUGGCGCCACAGGAGCUGCCGGCAGCGGGAAGCCACAACAAAAGGAUCGCAAAUCGGACACCUCACCCAGUGCUAGCCUCGAGGCCACUAGCAGCGGCAACGAGGGCAAAUCCGGAGACGGCGAAUCGCAGUCGGCCGCAGGAGCAGCCGCCGGAGGAGCAGCAGGCGGUGCAGCAGUAGUUCCUCCACCCAAGCGCUUCGUAGCAGCGCCACCGCCCAAAGUCAAUGCAUGGAAGAUAUCAGCAAAACAGUCGGCGAGCCCAAAGGCAGGAACCUCUCCAUUGGACAAGCGUGUGCUGCAGCCAAAGGCACAGCAACAACAGCAGACCAAGCAGACGACUGCCAGCAAUAAUACUAGUAAUAAUAAUACUAACCAAGGCGCACAGACUACCAGCAGCAGCAGCAAUCCCAAUCCCAACGCCAGCAACAAAAAGACACAGCAGCAGCCGCAGCAAUCACAGCCACAACAGGGAGCAGCAGCAUCUACAGCGACUACUACACAGACAGCAACAAGCAGCAGCAGCAGCACAGCGGCAACCACAGCCCCAGUAGCAGCAGCAGCAGCACCACCCGCAUCAGCAGGAGCAGGAGCAGCCACAACCACUGAGGCAACCACAACAACUGUAGUGGAUGCCAGUCAAGCGGAUGCACUUGCCAAAGUCGUGGUAAAGGACAAGAAGAAGGUCAACCAGAAGGCCAGCGAUUUUAGCAACGUUGGUGAUUGGCCCACGCUUAUUGGGGGAAUUUCUGGCAGUGGCAAAGCCACCAGCAACGAACCCAAACGCAACCCAACGAAAAAGCAACCAGCUAAAGCAGCAGCAGCAGCAGCAGCAGGAGCAGCCGCAACCAGCGUCACUUCAAGUGAAGUUGCCACAGAGUCUAACGUAGUAGCCGCCACUUCCAGCACCAACAGCAGCAGCAGUAGCAGCCAAGCUGCAGCCGUCGCCACAGCCGCUACAUCAACAGGAACAGCAGGAACAUCGUCUGCUACAGCCAGCACGAGCCAUGAUGCCAAAGCCCAGCGAGAAGCCGAGCUACCCACUGGCAGUGCCACUGCACCAGCUGCUGGCGCCCUUGCCGGCUCUGCCGUCAACAAAAAGAUACCCAAGCACAAGUGGCGUCCGCUGCAAAUCGAUCUGGCCAAGUCCAGUCGCCCUAAACCCAUUGGCGGCCGGCCCCAUCGCCGGCUCAGCGACGAUGGCGCCGAUCAGCGGCGUCCGCCGCGUGACUACCACGCACGGGGGCCGGCGCCAGCCAAUGGGCGGGGAGUCGAUGCAGCUGCAGCAGGAGCACCAGCAGCAACGGAGUCAAUACGGCCACACAGUGGUCGGCAUCCGUACGUUGCCCGGAGCACGACUGCUCCGUCCGAGCGCGUGGAUUCCUGGCGUAGCAGCGGCACCAAUGCCGCUCCCUACGAUGAGCAGCGCUCGGGGCCAGGGUCAGCAGCAGGUGGUGCCGGGGCAAGUGCCGGGGUGCGCGGACCGCGCCGCUUCCGUACGCCGUACCGCGGCGGUCGGCAAGGCCGGGGUGGAUUCACAAGACCGGGACCAGGUCGUCCGACUAAUCGCAUACCACGCCAUCUGCUAGCUUCGGGCGAAUAUGCAAACUAUUUGCCAGCGGAUGCGGCUGGCGCAGAUUCAGCCCAAUCCACAUACGUGCUCAUGGGCACCCAUUACUUUGGCAAUGUGCCAGCCUCCUAUAUCGAAAUGGAUGCCAACAGCGUCAAGGAGGCACUCAAGAAGCAAGUUGAAUACUAUUUCAGCUCCGAUAAUCUUACCGGAGACUUCUUUUUACGCCGCAAAAUGGAUCCCGAAGGGUAUAUACCGGUGACCCUGAUUGCCUCGUUCCAUCGGGUUCUCGCUCUGACCACAGACGUGGCCCUGAUUGUGAACGCCAUCAAGGAAUCGGAUAAACUGGAGCUCUUCGAGGGCUAUAAGGUGCGCACCAAGACCACGCCCACCGUUUGGCCCAUCAGCGAUGCACAAGAUGCUGCCGCAAAGGAUCAGCAGUCGCUGUCGAAGCAGGAGAAUGAUAAGCAGCCAGCAGAGAAGCAGCAGAAGACUGAGGCAGCCGAGGAUGCAGUAGCAGCUGCAGCAGUAGAAUCAGGAUCCGAGGGGAGUUCACCUCCCGCCAUCCUGACGUCUGCAAUGGCCACCAAGCCACUGAGCAGCAUCCCGCCGCCACCGCGGCCGCGUAACUCUCAGAAUAUGGUGCCCAAGAUGCUGCAGGAUAAGCAGCAGCAGCAGCAUCAGCAUCGUUCAGUAAAUGCCAUCAGUGUGCUCACCCAACAGGUGGAGGGCGGUGCUGCAGAGCUGGCUGGACAUUUGAGCGGACUGGCGGAGAGUGUUAAGCCGAAGCCCGAUAAGAGGGCGGCACCCAAGGCUGGUUCGGGAUCGGGAUCAGGAUCAGGGGCUGGUGUUGCCGCUGGCGCUGGUGCUGUUGCUGGGGCGGCUGUGGCUUUGGUUGCGGAGCCGGAGGGCAUGUGGAAAGAGGUAAAGAGACGCUCGAAAACAAAUGCUUUAAAAGAAAAUGCUACUAAAUCCUCCACCACCACAACCAACACGUCCACGACUACACAACAACAACAACAAUCGCUUUCACAAACGCUCAACAACAACAAUAAUUAUAAUAACAAUGUUAAAAAUGUCAAAACGAACAACAACAACAAAAACAACACCGUCACCGCAAACGCCACCUCGUCCAAGUCCACGUCCACGUCCUCGUGUGCAUCCAACGCCCCAUCCAACAAUGCCUCAUCAACAAUCACCGCUGCUGUCUCUGUGUCGUCCGCCACAACCACAACCAAUGCUGCCGUUGCCGCCUCCACCACGAACGCUUCCUCUGUCACCGUCACCACCACCACCAAAACCACAACAACAACAACCACCACAAACAACAACAACAACAAUAAGAAAACAUCUGCCAAUGCUAUCUCCAACUCGAAAUCCUCCUCCUCCUCCUCCAAAACAGCUGCUGCGCCAUCCGCUCAGUGCCAUGCCGAAAAGGAAGAACUAGACUUUCAAUUUGACGAGGAGCUGAUGGACCCCAUACCCGCCACUGGACGCAUCAAUAACUUUACCGAAAACUUCUCCGACGAUGACGAAAGCGAUUACGAAUUUGCCGAUCGCGAUAUCAAUAAGCUGCUGAUUGUCGCCCAGGUGGGACGUCCGCCCAAACACGAAGGCUACGAUCGCACCGCUGACUUUACCUCACGCACGAAAAUUACCCAGGAUCUGGAGAACAUCAUUAACGAUGGGCUGGUCAACUACGAGGAGGAUCUGUGGACCACCACGAAUGUGGUGACCGACUAUCGCACCGUUAAUGUCAUCUCCCAGGCGGACUUUGAGAAAUUGGCUGCCACCGGCGUCGUGCCCAAUCGUGGCAAGGUUGCGGGUGUGCAAAAGCAAGUGCCACCACCGCCGCCAGCCUAUUUGGAGGAUCUGGAUGACACUCUGGUUGGUGACACCACACUCAAUUCCACACUGAACUCUACGCUUAAGUCACGUCGUGCCCGCUUCUAUGCUGCCCCCAAUUCGCACUCGAUCGAUCCCCGCACGCCCCGCAAACGUAAGCUACGCCACACGGCCAAUCCGCCAGUGGAGGCCCAUGUGGGCUGGCUGCUGGACACGGUCGAGCAUAGGCCACGAACCACUUCGAUGGGUUCGUCGGCGGGCACAUCGCCCACCACAUCGUUUGGCUCGUUUGGAUCUUCGGUGCCGCAAUCGCUGCCCGUCUUCCAGCAUCCGUCGCAUGCGCUGCUCAAGGAGAACAACUUCACACAGCAGGCGUAUCACAAGUACCAUUCGCGGUGCUUGAAAGAGCGCCGUCGGUUGGGCUUUGGCCAGUCGCAGGAGAUGAACACCCUGUAUCGUUUCUGGUCGUUCUUCCUGCGCGAGAACUUCAACAAGACCAUGUACAAUGAGUUCCGCACUCUGGCCCUGGAGGAUGCCGGCAACGGUUUCCGCUAUGGCCUCGAGUGUCUGUUCCGAUUCUUCUCGUACGGCCUGGAGAGGAAAUUCAGGCCAAGCAUCUAUCUGGACUUCCAGGACGAGACCGUGGCCGACUACGAGACGGGUCAACUGUACGGCCUCGAGAAGUUCUGGGCCUUCCUCAAGUACUACAAGAACGGCGAGAAGCUGGAGGUGCAGCCCAAGUUGGCCGACUAUCUGAAGAGCUUCAAGACCAUCGAAGAUUUCCGUGUGGUGGAGCCAGAGAUCGAUGAGAUGCUGCAGGGUGUGGGCAGCCUGCAUCCCGGCCGUCAGCUCAACAGGCAUCGCAGUGUGUCCGAGAGCGAUGGCACCGCUGUGAUCACCGCUGGUGGUCGUCGCCUGAACACCACCAUCACCAAUCGCAGUGACUAUGUGGGACGUUUGAUCCAGCAGCAGCAGCAACACCAACAGCAGCAGCAGCACUAUCAACAGCAGCAGCAAUAUCAUCAGGGAUACGGCAACCAGAACCGCCGACGCACCGGCUCCUUUGGCAGCAGCACAGUGCGCACUCGUAGCGGUUCGCUGGGCAACAAGCCGCAGGUGGUGCAUCGCAAUCAAGGAUCACAGCAUGAGCUGCGACGCGGUGGCAGCAAUUCAGGACUGGCGCCACACAAGCGUCAGCAUCAUCAGCAGCAGCAACAGCAGCAGCAAAAGCCCAAGCCACAGGCUCAGGGCAUAUCACAGACAAAUAAUAUCGUGCGAGCCUCCACAUCGGCGGCAGCGGCAGCAGCAACAACAACAGCAACAGCGCCAGCGAUAGUUGUGGCACCAGCAGCAGCAGCAGCAGCAGCGGCGUCCUCGUCAUCGUCGCAGAAGUAGAAAACAUGAAAAUGCAGACACAUUUUUUCGAUUAGACUUAAGUUAAAUUGCGACUUAGUUGGGAGCUGAAGCGCUCCUCUCUCUUUUGUUCACUAUUAUUCAUUCUUAUUAUUCGUCUGUAGUAGCAGUAGUAGUUGUAGUAGUAUUCGAGAGUCAGGCGUUCAAGUGGGGUAGGAGGCGUGUCAGUAGCCUCUUUAGCAUAAUUAAGUACAAUUUUUGAAAUUUGUUUACUGCAAUUUUGCCCUAGCGCCCGUUGGUUUAGUAGUAGACAUGAUGAUACCCCUUUAUUUUUUAUUGUUUGCAGUCCCUUGAAAUGAAAUAAUUCUAUAUGAAAUGCUCAAUGUUUGCUGUUGGAACAACACACCCACAGAUAAACCCCAAAAAAUACACACACUGACAAACUCAGCAGCCACUAAGCGGGGUUCCCAGUGCCAAUCAGCCAUGAUCUAGAAACUGAAUGACUAUUAUAAUAAUAUUAUUUUUUAUUUGUUAAAUAUUCUGUUUUUUCUUCUUUAAAUCAGAUUUAUUUUUCCUACUUGAGAGCAGAGCGUUCGUAAUAGACGUAAUGCCAAAUUGAACUGUUGUACGGUGUGUGGAAAAGCAAAAAAACCAAUAACGAUAAUCCUUUAAAUAAUAUUCCCUAACGGAAAACAAAGCAUAACACAAAAAAAACCAAAUGAUCUGAAUUCAAAUAAAAAACAUUUGUAAAUUAAAGCGAAACGUUAAACCACAUACAAACAUACAUACAUUCAAACAAGUGUAUGCGCAAGAGCACGUUAUAUAUGAUAGACAUAUGUAUGAAUAAUAUAUCUAUAUAUAUAUUCUUAUAAUUAUUAUUAUUUCUUGUGUGUGACCUAAAGCGCAAACUGUAAUGUUUAAUUUGUUUAAGAGACAACGAGAGAACUUAACUUGUACACCUUUUACACACACCCAUUGAGGCAUGCGGGGCUCAAGUGCCAGCGAAUUUUAGUUAUUUAAGCAUUUAAAGCAUAAACCAAUCGCAAUCGGAAUUAGAGUCGGAAAUGGAAACGGAAACGUAGCCUUUGCACUGCCCCCAAGUCUGUCAAUCUAUCUUCGAAUUGGUUCCCCACACACACACACAAAAACACACACAUUACAAAAAGACCGAACCGAAACCGAACUUCGUACCCCGCCAAGCAUUUAGAAGCAUGUCAAAAAAAGAAAAACCAUUUAUUAUUUACGUUUAGUUUUUGCACUUGUUAAUUUUUUGAUUCGAAGAAGAUAAAAGAAAAAAACAAAAAAAUUUUAAAAACUGAAAAAAUGUCAAGUCCAAAAAAAGUUAAAAACUUUCUAGAGAACAUAAGGCAGAGCAGAUCAUGCAAAUCGAAAUGAAAAUCAAUCGUAAAAUAUAUAACGAAAAUUGUUUCGCAUUAGUUGAUAAAUCAUUGAAAACA